CGUGCGUGCGUGUGUGUGUGUGUGUGGAGGCAGUCAGAGGGAGGGUCUGGUAUAAGAGAGCUGAGAAGAGAAAGAAAAAGUAUUCAGCAUCAGAAAUUUUGCAGUAACAUAACAGCAAGUUUGUUGAAGACAACAAUGGCCAGCAAGAUGCCUCAACCAAGGGAACCAGACCUCAGGAUGGUGCUUGUUGGGAAAACUGGAGUUGGAAAGAGCGCAGCAGGAAAUACCAUCUUAAGGAGAAAAGCUUUUGAGUCUAAACUGUCUCCUUCCUCACUUACCACAGUUUGUAAGAAAGAAAUGGGAGAGUUUGAUGGUCAAACUCUGGCUGUGGUUGACACUCCAGGUCUGUUUGAUACAAGAGACCAGGAGGAGGUAAAGAGAGAGAUUGCCAGAUGCAUCUCUUAUGCUGCUCCUGGCCCUCACGUGUUCCUGGUUGUGAUCCAACUCAACAGAUUCACAGAAGAAGAACAGAAAACGGUGAAACUCAUUCAGCUGACCUUUGGGAAACAAGCAGCACGUUACACCAUGGUGCUGUUCACCCAUGGAGAUGAUCUGGAGGAAGAAGACGUCUCCAUAGAAAGUUUUAUUCUGAGAAGUUCGCCCCUCUGUGCUUUUGUCAAUGAGUGUGGUGGAGGACAUCAUGUCUUCAACAACAGAAGCAAGGAUUCGUCUCAGGUCAAAGAGCUGCUGGAGAAAAUCAACCGGAUGGUUCAGAAGAAUGGAGGAAGCUACUACACAAAUGAAAUGCUGCGAGAAGCUGAGAAAGCCAUAAAGAAAGAAACUGAGAGAAUUCUGAAAAAUAAUCCAGACCUCAGAGUGGUUCUGGUGGGUCAGGAGAGAGUGGGCAAGAGUUCAGCAGGAAACACCAUCCUGGGGAAGAAGCGCUUUGACAGUCAGUUAAGCUCCGGUCCUCUGACUCUGAGCUGUAAAAAGAUGGAGGGUGAAGUUUUGGGUCACAAAGUCUCUGUGGUGGACACCCCCGGACUCUUCAGCUCUCAGCUGUCUGCAGACAAGGUGAAAGAGAAUCUGCUGGAGGCCGUCCAGAUGAGCUCUCCAGGUCCUCACAUCUUCCUCGUCACCAUCCAGCUGGGCAGAUUCACCCCGCCAGAGUACAAAAGUAUGGAGACACUGGAGAAGAUGCUGAGUUCUGAUGUCUCCAAACACACCAUGGUUCUGUUCACCUAUGGAGAACGGCUGGAAGACACCACCAUAGAAGACUUUAUCUCAGAAGAUACCAACCUGCAGAAGCUGCUGAAGAAAUGCAGCGGUCUGUACCAAGUGUUCAACAACAAACAGAUGGAGGACAGAAAGCAGGUCCAGGAUCUGCUAAACAAAAUUAAUGACAUCUCGAAGGAUGGAAGCUUGACUUAUGAGAGAAGGCCUCAGUCACAGCGGUGUGUGAUGAGUUGAUUAUCCAAACCCUUUUGGAAGAAUUAAAAGAUUCUGAUGGGUAUUUAAUGGUAAUCUAUAACAUGUAUACUGACAUCUGUAGACCCAGAUCUUAAAACUGGUUUAGUAUAAACUCGUUCAUCUCUGAAAAGUAAAUAAAGUCAUUGAUCUGCUCAUAUUAAUUAUUUUACCCAGAAAAAAAAACCUCCAAACUCUGCUGUGAUCCAUAGAAGAGUUCUGGUGGUUCAGACUCAACCACAGCUCUAGUGUGUUUCUGCCACUAGGUGUCACUGUUUACAAAGGACACGUGAGACUUUCAUAAUUUACCUAAUUAUUAUUUAUUUACCACAUCUUUAAUACAAUAGAUGCUUUAGAUCACAUGAUGAGACAUUUAAAAACACAUUUUAAGAUUUUUAUCAAUAAUAUUAAUAUUAGACGCAUUCACAUUGUUGCUGUCAGUGUUUAUUUAUCUUCUCUGUAUUUAAAUCUUACACUCAUUUUCUGUUUAAACAUCAUCCUGUUCGGAGUCACGACUCCCAAGUUUUUUUAUAUUGGUUCAUUUUUAAUCUAUUAAACACUUUCCCCAAUCCA